CACACAUGGAGCAGUGUACACUAGUUUGAGUUGACAAGUCUAAACUAUCGCUGCUUUUAAUGCAACAAUGACCAUUAUAAACUUUCCUCGUGGGCAGGUUGACGCAGUUCUCGAUUCUCUCCUUUUGGAGGUUCAUAUAUCACCCGGUGCCAAAGACAAGCUCAAGAUGUUUCUGCAAAAGCUUACAGAAAAUGCCAGGAGUACAGGAAAACGGAGCAGGGAGCGCUCACUGGAGGAGGCAUCACAGAUCCUGCAGAAGAUCCCAAAGGAAGCUCUUCAUUCAGUACAGACUGCUGGACUUCAUCAACUUGUUCAGCUUCUCUUGACUUUGCAGUUAGAAGCAGUGACCACUUCAUCAGCCUGCCGUAAAUUAGACCAAAUGCUGCUAGUUUUGGCUGAAGUAAACAACUCCAUUGUCUUAGAGGAGGUUCAACUAUGUCUUUACAAGUUAUUGCACCAGCAGCAAGUGCUUUCAUUAAAAGACCUUCAUAUAGCUGGUAUGUUCUUGGAGGACAGCAUUGUUGGACGAGAAGUUCUGAAGGCAGAAUGUACUACCCUACUUAGUAAAGUUGCUGAACUGAUUCCUAUUGUUAUGUCUGAUGAAGCAGCACGAAACGGACCAUUGUGUUACCAGAUGGUCAAGGUGUGUUUGCAGGUAUUUCAGCUGUUGCAUGGACAGGUGGCGCCAUUGGUUUACAGUAAGGAGAGUGUAAAUAUGAGUGUGAGAGAUAUUUUGGAGUUCCUGAUGAGCAUCAUCUUAGGAGAGGUUUCCAGCAGAGAGACACGGUUGUUGGCAGGCACUGCGGUUGCUAUGCUGAUCACCACAACGACAGACAGUCAGUGUGCAGAAUCAGCUGCUUGGAGUCUGUUGCAGAUCACCAACACAGAACCAUGGAGAUUGACAGCAGGUGAGGUAAGAGUUGACUGUCAUCCUAGAGGUCAGGAUGGGGUCGACAGACUGGCUGUAUCUAGGGGGCUGUUAAAUUGCUGCAGAAAUGACAGCCUUGUCAGUCACCGUGGCAACCAAGGGGCUUGUCUUCUUCUGGAUGGUUUGUUCCCCCUCAUUUCUGCUCUUUGUGAGGAAAAGCUUGACUGUCAUUUCUAUGUUUUCCAAGUAUUUACCAUUUGGCUAAAGAGGGUGAAAGAGUGUCUCAGUGAAGUUUGGGAAGUUACUGGUUCUCCUUUAGAUUCAAACCUCCAACAGCAACUUACACAGAUCAUCUGGAGCAAUGCUGAGAGCCCGUUGGAUGGCGUUGCAGAGGUGGCACGAAGUGCUUUCUGUCUCUUUAUGGAGAUCUAUGAGAAGGAUUGUUUGCACUUUGGGAGCACUGAGAAAAGACUUUAUGUGGAGUUACUGCACAGGAUAUCAGAACUGCCCUGGGAGUCCAAAGCCAAGUAUUCACCUUUAUGUGCAAUUUUACCAUAUGCAGGCACAAACAAGGUUUUGGAACUGUAUCCUGCCCUUCCCUCUCACAUCCUAAAAUGCCUCUCCACCAAUCACCUCUCUCCGUGUGCAUCAGAAGUCUACAGAUCCUUCCUCCAGGAACAGAAGCGUGAGCUUACCAUUAUUGCAUCCCAGAAAGCUCUGCCCACCGACCAAGAUUUAGCGAAUCAGUGGGCUCAGCGAUGGCAACCAAUCAUCCUGGAAGCUUUGACUUCAGAUCUGACUCUACUACAAAAUAAUGCCUCUGGCCAUCUUCUGCCAUCCACACUACGGACAUUUCCAGGUGCUUUUAACAGUCUACUGUCAGCUCUGGACCCCACAGCUUCUGGUCACCUUCAUGCAUGGGCCUCUAUCAUAAGCGUUCAGCGGGCCACAAAUGGAAAAUCUCUCUGGGCUACAGACAGCCCCCAAUCUCUCAAAACACUCCAUCUUGCUCUCUCGUCUCUGGAUGAUAGUGUCCGCCUAGCAGCGUUGAACAUGCUCUGCUGCAGUCCAAAAACUAAAGAAGCCCCAUCACAGGUGGAGUAUUGUGCUCUGAGAAACUUCAUACCGCUCAAUCUCAACAGCGAAUCGUCACCAUUCCGCCAACAUCUCCAGGCAGCGCUGAGGAAAUUCCUGAUGAGAAUAAGAGACAGUUGUAUGGCAAUCAUCAAGGGUCAUAAUAGUAAAAAAGGGCUUACUGAGGAAGAAGAGGCGGAGCUGAAACAAGGAGUCGAUUUUGUUGACUGGUUAGCACAGCUAUCAUUGGUGUAUUUGACACCUGACAGCAGCUAUCAGAGGAAGAAAAGCAUUCUGCUCCUGCUGUUUGCAGUACUGGAGACAUGUACAGACACCUGGAGUCCAGACAGGAAGAAGGGUCAACCACCUGCAAAUAUGUCUUCACUUAUAAAUUGGGCUAAAGAGAGGGGAAAGUGGGAUUUCUUCUCAAAGUCAAAGAUGCUUGUUUUGAUUAGCUGUUUGGAAGAUUCAACCAAUGAGAUCCGUGAGCUGUCUGCAGAGCUGCUGCUCAGGUUUUUCCCUCCAUCGCUCCCUGAUGAUGUCACCUCUGUGCUGUUCAGCCAGGCAGAACGGCUCGUCCAGAGUCCACGAGUCCAAGAGGCCCAGAUGGGAGCACUGAUGAUCAAACUGCUACUGCAGAAGGUGGAUGGGGCAUUUAAAGAGGGGGAGAAGCAGUCACUCAAGCUGAUCAGGUUCCUUCUGAAUAAACUGGAGCAUCAUUACCUCACUGCCAAGAGCGAUAUGCUCCUUGCAGCUCGCACAACACCCAUCCAUGGCAUUGUAAGCGCUCUCAAGAGGGGCCUGCUGGAGGUGCCAAGGAUGUUGGUGGAGUCAGAAGACUGCAGUGUUGCAGGAGAUAUCGUGUCUUUACUAGAGAAGAUCACUCUACUGCUGCUGGGAGUUCUGUAUGGAGACCAGGAUACUGAGGACAAAGAGGUGCCUCCAUCGUUCUGUGACAUGGGAAAUGCAAUCAGCUCUUUGAUUGGUCAGGCUGGGCUUGCGGGGGCAGGGCUUGAUGAGGAUGGAGAGGAGAAUGUGUUGCUCUCUGAGGAGCAUAGUCUGGUGCUGACCUGCUGCUGGGUCUCCUUAAAGGAAAUAGGGAUUUUUCUGGGCUCCCUAGUCGAGAGAAUCCUGUGUGAGGACUUCACGCUGUUAACUGUGGAAGAACUCAGAAGGGCUUCAAAAGUGUUUAAAGACAUCAUUCUGAAAUGUAGACAUUGGGGGGCAGUAGAAGGCUGUUGCAUUGGCUUCACUAAGUUCUGCAGGGCUCUCCUGAGCAGCAAUGAUUCAGAGAUCAGAGAAAUCCCUACACUUAUAUUACAACAGGGCUUGUUUGUUCUGCAGUUGCCCCGUAGUAUGUCAGUGACACGGCGUGCUGCAGGGCUGCCCAUGCUGAUUUUGGGUGUUUUAGCUGCUGAGGACUCCAGCAAAUCCCGCCCCCUACUGGCCAGCACCAUAAACACACUGCUGGACAUGGCCAGAGCAACACUACCCCAGGAUUGGGACCAAACCCUCGACCUGCCACAGGUUUGUGCCGUUCACACUCUUCAAGCACUGGUCAAGGGUUCUUGUCUUGGUGUGGCCAUUCUGCAGUACACCCCUGCUGUGGCUAUCCUGUCUCUCACACUUCUCAGUUCACCAUGCUGGGCCAUGAGGAAUGCAGCCCUGCAGCUCUACAGUUCCCUCUGCACCAGAAUGUUGGGUCAGCAGCCAGCCGGUGAGGAGGGCUCUACUAAAUCCGGCAUGUCUUCCCCAUCGUUCUUUAACCUCUAUCCAGCCCUAAAGCCCUUCCUCCAGGGGGCGCUAGAAAGCGCAGCAAAAGACCUGCAUGAUGCCACACUUCUCCUUCACCCUUCACUCUACCCUGUGCUCACGCUACUCGCCAAACUACAGCCUGGUGCCGAGGAGCAGACGCGUGUCCUGUCACAAUUUCUUCCUCCAUUAUUCCUCCUUGCUGCCAGCCCAGUCUAUGGCGUACGAGUGAUGUCAUCAAGGGCCCUAGUUUCUAUGAUAACACCAGCAGAAUAUCUGGCAACUGUCCUGCAGUUGGUGGAAAAGCUGCCGGAAUCACCGGACACUCCGUGCUGUCACAACAGACUGCAUGGCCAACUCCUGCAGAUAAGAUCCAUACUGACAAGAGCAAUGAAAGCUAACAUUCUGUCUUCUGUCAGUGAGAUUGUGGAAGGGUUUGAAUCCAGACUGUGGUUGGCAUCGUCAAGGCAACGGUGCCCACUGGUUCGACUGGCCUAUGUGGAUAUUGUGAAGCUUUUGAGAGGCUACUGUUCUGGUGCUUUCCUCACCCAGCUGUCAUCUCUAUUACUACAGGAAAUUCAUAGGACUCCAAACAUAAUAGAGGUUGGCUCUGCUUCAUUCCACCAAAGUAUAGUGUAUUUCCUGUGUGGAGAUCCUGAGUGGGCAUGUCAGGUGUGGCAGUGUCUGGCCAAUAGCAGCAUGGUUGUAAGGCUCUCACUGGUCAAGUAUGCAUCAGAGGGGCAUGACUUGAGAGGGACCAUCGUACAGCAGGUUAUGGUGAGAGCACUCCAAUCUAAUCUGAAGGAGGCAUUGCUGGACCAAAAUGUGGAGUACAAAGAAGCAUACCUAACAGCAUUGGUGGAGGUUAUGGCCCCAGAGGAAGACAGUCUGGCCCUGCCUCGUCCCUCUCUCCCAGGCUUUGAGGAGGCAUGGCUGCAGGAGUGUGUGGAAGUUCUGUUUAGUGAUCUGGAGGUAGAGAGAGGAGGACCAGGGCUAAUCUCCACAGCUCUGUGUGCAGUUAGUCUGCUACUCUCCCAAAGUGUGGACUUGUCUUUGCUCCAGCGCUGGUGUAAGUUAAUAGAGAAGCACAGAUAUCCUGAAGCUCCUGAGGCUCUCAGAACAGCUUGUGCUCAAUCUCUUUGUCUGUGCGGGUUCUCCGUGGUGAGCAGAAGCUUGACGGGCAGCUUCAUACUCAAAGAGCUCAGUACCAGGUUGAUCAGCACAGGUGUCUACCUGCUUCAGGAUGAGAGCCCACAAGUGAGAGCAAAGGCAGCCAUCUUUUCCUCUCUGCUCUGCUGUUCUCGACAGCCUGAUGCUCCACAAAGAUGCUUCAACAUGCAGGUGAACCAGGCUCUGUGCUCACUGCUGGACCUGCUCGUGGAAGAAUUCUGGGAUACCAAUGGUGCUUUGGAGGCCUUGGUGUGCCACCUGCCUGACUGUGAUCUGAACGACAUUCUGCAGGAGGCCAAAGAGACACAGUGCCACAGUCUGUAUGAGCGAGAUGAGGCUAAUGUGUUUGCAGAGCCAUCUGUGAUCUCAGAGUGCCUGCUGCCGUACCUGUUACAUAUGGCUAAACAUUACCCAGAAUCCUCAACUCUCGCAGAGAACCUCGAGCACUGGGCCCGAAACAAUGCAGCCACUGUCAGGAAGAAUAUUACAACUUGUAUGCAGCUUCAAUUAGGGGACGUCCUGAAUCCUGAUUGGCUGAGUUUGCUGACAGAGCCCCGUUUCCAUGGCGCACUUUCUGGCUUGUUCACCAGGGCGUCUGUUCUACUCCAGCUGCUCAGGGAGUGUGAUACCAUACGACCCCUGCUUGACCCCUUGAACUUAUCUACAGACCUACAUCACAUUCACAGACAGUUUGUCCUAAAUGGAGUCUUCCUUUCUCAAGCCUUCAUUGAUGCACUAAGUGCAGAGUAGCCCUACUGCAAUUACACUUAAUUAACACAGUAAUCAUUAUUGAUUCAAAGAAGCUGCUUCUUCAUCACUGUACUGAGUGGAAACUAUUUGAAAACUAAAAGGAAGAAUAACAAUCCCCUGCUGUGUAAUACUGGAAAGACAAUAAAAGAAAACCAAAAUCAACUGCCAACUCCAGAUAACUGGAUGACAGUAACUCUAUAAAUGGAGUACAUUUAUAUCUGCAAUGGCUGGAAAACAGGAACAAACCAGACUGCCUGCAGAAGCACAGAGGCUCAGUGUAUGUGCAUGCACGUUCAUGCGUAUGUGUUUGUUCAUGUUUGACUGCACCCAGAUAGCACCCUGGGCAUUUGAGGGUGGAGCAUGUAUUUUUAGCCAUAAUCAUCCAUGAAGAACAUAUCACAGUGACAUUUUGUGUUUCCCACUCUUCACGUACCUAUGAUAAACCAAUUUAUUUCAAAUGCGACUUAUGUUUAUUUGAUAUUUUAUAUAUAUAUUUAAUAAAUUCAAUUUGAAUCAUUUUAAACUGAUUGCCUAACCCUGUUUUUUGUCAUUUAGCUUUAUCUAUAAUCACAAUAGCAAACAUUUGGUAUCCUGUACCCUCGAGAAAAGAAAGUGUUUUUUGUUUUGUUUUUGUUUUUUUGUUUAUUUAAUACCCAGUGUCAUGCUCUUAAUGAUGUGACCUCAUAGGUUCUUGGUUAGCUUUGAGCUUAUUCGUCCAAUGGUCACAUAUUUAAAGGGAUAGUUCACCCAUAUGUAUGACUAACUUCUUUGGCAUCUUCGCAUCUUUUUGUAUACAGUGGAAGUUAAUGGUGACUGAGGCUGUCAGUCCCUAACAUUCUGCCUUACACAUCCUUUUGUGUUCCAUAAAAGAAAACAAGUCAUACAGGUUUCUUGGUAGGGUGAGUAAAUGAUGAUGUGAACUAACCCUUUAAUGCUGUGACAUCACAGACUCUGCUGCUACUGCUUUUGUUUAGUGCUGUGGUUCAUAGUUAGCUGUGAGCCCAUUGGUCCAGCAGGAAUAGUUCACCAAAAAAUUACAAUUCUCUCAUCAUUUACUCAAACUCAUGCCAUCCCAGAUGUGUAUGACUUUUCUUUCUUCUGCAGAACACACACACACAAAAAAAAAAAAAGAUUUUUAGAAGAAUAUCUCAGCUCUGUAGGUCCAUUCAAUGCAAGUGAAUGGUGACCAAAACUUCGAAGCUUAAAAAAGCACAUAAAAGUAGUCCAUAAGACUCCAGUGAUUUAAUCCAUGUCUUUUGAAGCGGUCCAAUUGAAAAUGUAACUUCUUUUCACUGUACAUCUUGCCAUUGCAGUCUCUAGGCAUCAUGAUUUCAAACUUGAUUGCACUUCCUUGCACCGUCUAGCUCUCUGCACAUGUGUCAAGCGCUUGGAAGUGUAAUCGAGCUUGAAAUCAUGAUUGUGCUUAGAGACUGCAAUGACAAGAUGUACAGUGAAAAAGGUGUACAUUUUGAAAUCGUGAUUGCCAAAAGGAGUUAUAUUUUGGUCUAUUCUCAUCCCAGAUCGAUUGAAUUUCUUCAGAAGACAUGGAUUAAACCACUGGAGUCAUGUGGAUUACUUUUAUGCUGCCUUUAUGUGCUUUUUGGAACUUCAACAUUUUGGUAACCAUUCGUUUGCAUUGUAUGGACCUACAGAGUUGAGAUAUUCUUCUAAAAAUGUGUGUGUUUGUUUUCUGCAGAAGAAAGAAAGUCAUACACAUCUGGUAUGGCUUGAGGGUGAGUAAACAAGAGAAUUUUCAUUUUGGGGUGAACUAUUCCUUUAAAAGGAAAAUCCACAAAAGUCCAAACUUGUUUGAGCUGCCUUAUACCAACCUCAGAGCAUCUUCUGACACAGUUGAAAUCAGACACACUCUGACCCCCUACCCCCGUCAUUUAAUUUCCUUCUCCCUCUGUUUUUUCCUAUUUCUGUCUUUUUAAUACAUGCUUUAUACUUUUAUCCUGCUGUUAUGUUUUUGUAUUUCCAUCUCUUCACAUCCUUCUAUCUCCUGCUCAUCUUAUCCCUCUUCUCGUCUCUUGGUUUCCACCAGUUUCCAUUGCAGGGGUAAAUGCAUCAAACAAUGAUUUAAUGGCUUUUGUGGCAACAGUGGAGUUGGAGUAACAGCAGGGGAAUACUGCCAGUUUUAUGCCACAUUACAGAUUCGUCUCCCAGGUUAAGUGUCCAUUUUUUUGUCCUCAGCUUUGGGCUGUGAUGAUUCAGUGCUCAGAUAUGUGCUCAGUUGCUGUGCAACACUCCUGUGUAUCUCAGGAUGCAGUGCAAGGACACAGCUGGGUUUCCCAGUAGCCAUCAGUGGAGCAGAUGGUCAGGGUUUACAACAAACACUGAAAUCGCUCCUCUCUGGACCCUUCGACUGUAUUAUAAAUGUCUUAUUGAUCUUUUUUUUUUGGGUGGAUCUUUUAGUUGUAUUUAUUUCUAAAUGUAUGAAAUAUGGAAGAAGAAAAAAACUGGAUUAAAAGAUAAAGGCCAUUUAUGAAGAAAAAAUGAAAAAUUAUAUAUAUAUAAUAUAUAUAUAUAUAAAUGUUUUUUCACUUUGUUUUCACAUUUUUUACACUUCUAGCUUUUUUACAACUUGUUUACAUUUGAAGUUGUGGCACUGAUACAAUUUUUCACUCGUAUUAUAAAUUGCCAAUGUUUCUCAUUUCACUGUGGAUAAAGUGUCUGCUAAAUGUUAAAAUUUAAAUGUAAGGCAUGUAAAAGUAAUUUGGUAUAAAGCCUUUUUAUCAUUUAAUAACUUUUUUUUUUAAUAUAUAUAUAUAUAU